AUGACGACAAACGCCGCUGAGUCGGUGAAUUCAAUGUUCAAUGUUGAAAGAGAAUUUUCCAUUACUGCUCUAUUUGAUUCCAUAAACAAGAGGUUUACUGAGAAAUUUCAUGAGAGGCGUAUGGAGUUCAUCGACUCACCAACCAUCUUUGUUCCCUUAAUGGAAAAAAAAAUAUCAAAAUUUGUCAACUUGGGUAAUAAGUUAUUGGCCCAUCAAAUUGCCAACUACAAGUUCACAAUCAUCGGCCACUUGCCUUCACUUGCAACAACCGAUCCGCAAAGAAGAUCUUGUACUUGUAGAGUUUUUGACCUGGAAAAAAUAACUUGCCCACAUGCUAUGGUAGCGCUUCGAGUCCAAUAUGGUGAAGACUUUGGAAGGCGGAUUUAUGACUACUCAUCUCCGUAUUACAGGGUGGAGAAUUACAUAAUUGCGUACUGUGAGGAAAUGAAUCCUGUGCCUUCUGAAGAAUCUCGGGAAGUUCCUAUGGAGAUUUUAGAGAGAGAAAUACCUCCUCCGCAUGUUGAUCCGAGCAAACCGGGAAGAAGACGGACAAAGAGGAGGCGUGGAAUUGGGGAAUCACUUGCAACGAGGAAAAACAAAUGCUCCAUAUGCAAAACAGCUGGCCAUAAAAAAACUACAUGCCCAAACCGAAUUGUUCCCUAG